AUGGCGAGGAGGCAAAACGAGAGAGCAAAGGGCCAUAUCAAGUGGUUCAAUGACCAGAAAGGCUCUGGAUUCAUCACUCCUACUGACGAAGGUAAAUAUUUGUUCGUCCACCACUCUGGGAUUAAGGCCGGCAGUGGAGGGUUUCGCAGUCUGGGCGAGUAUGAAAUCAUCAAGUUUGAAGUGGAGCAAGGUGGUGAUGGCCGUACCAAGGCCAUUGAUAUCACUGACCCAGAUGAGGGACCUGUUCAGGGAGGAAAUGAGCAACGGACGGAGGAGAAGAAGCUAGGGAGAAUAGAGGGAGAGCUUUUGGAGAAAAACAGAGGAGGCUACGGCUAA